UAUGCCGGCACAGAUCAAUAUUCUAAAGUACAGUGCCCAAGACUCGAGUUUGAAAACGACAGCUUGCUCAUCUACUGCAAAGGUUAAACUAAAAUGAAAGUCUUCUUCCUCGCUAUCAUUACCUUGGUUCUUUAUGAAACCAGUGCAAAAGCCUAUGGUCCUAGAUCAGACUUUGACUUGGAGGAACGUCUUCGUGAAUUAACUGAAUCAGUUUCAGAUGAGCUUCACAUCGACCGCCGGGAAGCAUGCUCCGUCGAGUUUGUAAAAGUUGGCUGUUAUAAAGACAGCAGKGAAAACAGAGCUAUGCCCCAAAUGCUUUUCAGUGAUAGAAGUACUAGUAAAAUUGACUGGAGAAACUUUGGUUCAUAUUUAGAUAGUCUGACAUGUCGGUGUGCUAAAGCAGCGUUUAAACUAGGCUUCACACACUUUGGGACACAGUUCUACGGGGAGUGCUUCAGUUCUUCUAAUGCUGCAAGUUCUUACAACCGCUAUGGCGGUAGUGRUCAGUGUAUCAAGGGGGAUUAUAAACCCUGCGACCCAGAAAAUGAAGAGAAUUGUGUCGGUGGACCAAAUACAAAUUUUGUGUAUGAAAUCAAAGUUGUAGCAUUCAUUGGGAACUUAGAAAGCUGUUCAAGAACCUUCGAGCUCUGCACAACUACACGGUGUUCAGCUACAAACUUUAGUUGUGUUACAAUGAAACAAGUUCUCUUUCUYGCUAUUAUUACCUUGGUUCUUUACCAAACUAGAGCAAGGGGGGUAACCAAGGACGACAAUGAGCUGGAGAGACGUCUAAGGGAUUUAACAGAAUCAGAACAACCACUAAUGAUGGACAGCAGCAACGCAUGCCCAGUACAGGUUGCCAAAGUUGGUUGCUAUAGAGACAAAGGGUGGAGAAGUAGCAARGUUUUGAACGAKUUGCUGUUUACUGAUAGAGAUCCUUCCAGUUCAAAAACAAGUGGCAAAACCAUUAACUGGCACGAAUUCCCUGAUUACCUUAACGGGUAAGUUAU